CCGGCGCCGCGGCGGGAAGACUCGUGGGCACGGCCCGCGCGCGACCGCUCAACAUGCCGGCCCGGAGCCUUCAGGUGCCAGUUGUUGUAGCACUGACAAUGUGUUCGAUUUCGGCUGCAAAUCUUGAUCCAAUGGCGCAAUUAGAGUGCGCAUGCACGAGUACGCACUUUGUGGACGUUAGAUUUGCCAUCAAAUGUUGGAGAAACAGCACCAGAGUAUGGACAAAUCCGAAAACAUCAGACGACUUCGGCACAUUCACAGAACAAAGCACAAUACAAUGUAAGAGAGAAAAACCUCCACCCUUGGAUGCAGACUACGAAGUCCUACCAAAUGUGGGCUUCUACAAAUUCCACCCCCGCCAGACCACGUGGGAGGACGCCCUGCGCACAUGUGCGAGCGAAGGAGGCAACUUGGCGGUCGUCAACUCUGAAGCGGAAGCAGAGUCCAUGGCUGUCAUUUUCAGUAACUACCCCCGACUCAACGAUCAAGACUGGCUCAACGAUCAGGCCUGGAUUGGAGUGACAGAUCUGAAGACUGAAGGCGUUUUCUUGUCUCUGAGAGGGUUGACUCUGCAAGAGGAAGGCUGGGCUCGCUGGGAGAAGGGCCAGCCAAACAACGAAGGAGACGGCGAGCACUGCGUUGUCUUCAACCGCGACAAGGAGCUCACGGACGAGCCCUGCGACACCAAGCUCUCCUUCUUCUGCGAGCGACCCUUUGUGAAAUGAACGUGCUUCCACCACGGCGAAGGAGCACAGAACAAUCAUAACCCGGCCGAAAUUAUAUUGUAAUUAUGUAUGUAAUUUUACGUUAAAAGUACGUAACAAUUAUGGAGGUAAUUCCCCUUUCGUUCUAAGGUUCGUUAGAUUUGAUUCGUUAACGAAUAUGUGUGUUUAAAUUUGACGAGAAAUACCGGUAAGUAUUUGGGGUUCGGGAUGGUAGAACAAGAUAUUCACGGCUAUGGAUAAUUGUCUAGCCCGGAACUAAAGUGGUCUAUGGUACGAAUCACAAUGCGGUUUUUGACCACAUAAGAAUUAACUAACAUUAAAACCAUUUGCGAAUACUAUGCAGCACCUACAACGACAAAUAAGUCAUAGACUAUGUUUGAAUGUAUAUAUGCUCACGUAUUCAAAUCAAGUUUACCAAUACCUGGAUUUAAGCUACAUUGUUUCAUAGACCACUUUAGUUCCAGGCCUUCUAAUUGUUAGAAGGAAAUAAACUGAUACACUGCUAUAUAAAUUGUAUUAGUCGUGUAAUAAAAAAAUAAAAGUGUUAAAUAAACAGAAAAUAGAAUACAAGGGGUCAACAGAGUGCACACCCACAUUAAAAAAUAUUAGUCACAGUUAAAAGUUUCUUUUAAAUUUCAUCUUAAUAGUGUACACCGUUCUUGCCGAUUUUUAUAUUGUAGUUGUAUGAGCACAUUUGUAUAACGUGUGGAUCAUAAUGUUGAAUUUUUGGAGAAUUUUUAAGAGCUGUAUUUUGAAAAUGAAAAAAAAGUGUUUUAGCUUAAUCAACGAUCAACAAAAUAAAAGAUUGUUUACGUUGGUAUAAUGAUCAUAAUUCGAUAUAUUCUGACUCUCUAAAGCGUCUAUUUUACAGGAAUACGGAACCGAUACAGUUUAAACGCAGUAUCAAAAUACUAUUGUUGCUUUCUUGUAAAUAAUGAAGAAGCUUGCAUUAAUUUAAUGAUCUUCUUGGCAAAAAGGCAAAAAAUGGAAUGUUUAGAUGCGCAUAAUAAUGUGACUGUAAAUACGAAUAUAGUAGAGAAAUGUACAAAUGAAAUGUGAUGAUACGAACCGAGUACGGUAUUUUGAAAGGUGAAUACCAAUAACAAAAACGCAAACAUACGAAUGGCGUUUAUUGUUUUUAGUACGAAUUCAAGCAAAUUUGCAAGUACACUCUUGAGAUUAAAAGCACGCGGACGGCAGUUACAUGCGGCAUGUCGCCCAGAGCGAACUUUUCAACAAGCAUCAGAGGAAAUGCUGAUUUACUUUACAUGUACCGCACAAGAACAGUUUCUAAUCAAUAAAUCGUAAACGGGAGCUCUGGUUUCCGUGUAAAAGUACUAAAAACAAUAUUCUAAAGCGUGAUAUUUUUUUUCUUGGCUAAAAAUUGAAUAACUUCAUAUACGACGAAGAAGGAAAGAGAUGAAAGUCAGUUAACAUUGUGAUAGAGGAUGAAGAUUUUACUCAAAACUGUGUUGAUAACAAAAUAUUGUAGUGAAUAAGCUAUUUUCAGAAUAUAAUAGUGGUAAUAAAUAGAGUCUGACUUUUCAGGCUUCUUCAAUCAAAACCACUUUGUUUCAUUAUUUAACCGAAAUUCACUUUCAUGGGCAUUUGUUAACUUGAGAGAGCCUCACAUAAUUUCCGGAAGGAACAUAGUUCAAAUCUAGAUAUUCCCUUCUUGAAAAUGAGCAGAACAGACCCCUUUCAUAUUAUCUCACAUGUGGAUGCAUCAAUUGCAUCCUUUAAAAACAUUUUUGCAAAUACAAGAAGUUUUUUUUUAGAAAACGCCUCAUUUUAAAGAGUUAAAGAAGAUAUGAAGAAGAUGCUGUAUCAAUUCCUCUACCAAAUCACCUUACAUAUUACCUAGUGAUGCUAGCGCAUUUCCCGAUGUAAUUAAUAUUUGAUUGUAAAUUGAGAAUAUAAUGAUCCAAACUACUAGUAAUAAUCUGUUAGUCGGAAUAGGAAGAGUCAGUUGAUUUUAUAAUUAAUCGUAGAAAAUUGGUACCACAGAAAACAAUAAGUAAUCUUUAUAUUUAAACAAUAAUGGCUUUGUUCAAAUAGAAGUGUGAACAUUCUACUCAACUGAAUUUCGUGAUUUUUUCUUUAAUUGAACGGCAAUAGAUCUUACAUGUGUUGUUUCUUGCUCUUAUUAACAAGUUAUAUAGUAAAGAUG